UAAGUUAUUAACCACCGAAAAAUAAGAGGAAUUUAGGGGUUCCUUUGUUGCAAAAUAGGGAAUCAUAAUAAACAAAAAUUGCUCAAAAAAUUGAAGACAAUGAUGAUCAAACCUUACUAGAUGAGAAAAAGAGUGAACAAUGUUGAAGAAAUCAAUUCAAAUAUUGAAAGAAUUUACAUCAUCAUCAACAACAACAAGAUGUGAUGUUCAUAUGAAAUUGAAUCACUCAUUUAACAAUUGGGUCAGAAACAUUAGAACAACCUCGUACUCUGUCCCAAGGGAGAAAGUUGAGUGUGUAGUGAUAGGAGCUGGUGUGGUUGGCAUAGCAGUGGCAAGAGAAUUAGCACUCAAGGGUAAAGAUGUAAUUGUCAUUGAAUCAGCAUCCACUUUUGGUACUGGUACUAGUUCUAGAAACAGUGAGGUUAUUCAUGCUGGAAUUUAUUACCCUUAUGGUUCUUUUAAGGCACUUUUUUGUGUAAAAGGAAGAGAUAUGUUAUACAAGUAUUGCUCCAAGCAUGAUAUUCCGCACAAACAAACCGGUAAGCUUAUAGUGGCUACUCGACCCUCUGAGAUUCCAAAGCUAAAUGACAUUUUGAAUCACGGUAUUCAGAACGGGGUUGAUGGUUUGAAAAUGAUGGAUGGUGUCGAUGCCAUGAAAAUGGAACCUGAAUUGCAAUGCGUGAAAGCAAUACUAUCACCUCUCUCAGGGAUUGUUGAUUCUCAUUCUUUAAUGCUUUCUUUAGUGGGGGAAGCUGAAAAUCACAGAACAACUUUCACAUAUAAUUCGACCGUCAUCGGUGGCCAUCUCGAAGGAAAUGAGAUUUGUCUCCAUAUAUCAGAAACCAAGAGUCUUAAAGAAUGGAAUGAGACAUCAAAUUUGCAACCAGAACUAGUACUUAUUCCUAAACUUGUAGUAAACUCUGCCGGCCUAAGUGCACUUGCCCUUGCAAAAAGAUUUACUGGCCUACAAAACCGAGUUAUUCCUCCAGCCUAUUAUGCACGCGGUUGCUACUUCACAUUGUCUAAUACUAAAACAACUCCUUUCAGACGUUUGAUAUAUCCUAUACCGGAGGUUGGCGGCCUUGGAGUGCACGUUACUUUAGAUUUGAAUGGUCAGGUCAAGUUUGGACCGGAUGUUCAAUGGAUUGACGGUGUUGAUGAUAUUGAAAGCUUUCAAAAUAAGUUUGAUUAUUCAGUACAUGCAAAUCGCGCCGAGAAGUUUUAUCCAGAGAUAAGAAAGUAUUACCCAAAUCUAAAGGAUGGAUCUUUGGAACCAGGAUAUUCAGGGAUCAGACCUAAACUUUCAGGACCAUAUCAAUCACCUGUUGAUUUUGUAAUACAGGGUGAGGACAUUCAUGGAGUACAUGGUCUUAUUAAUCUUUUUGGAAUUGAGUCACCUGGUUUAACAUCCAGCUUAGCAAUUGCAGAUUUUAUUUCUACUAAGUAUUUGGGAUGAUAAUAGGCAUGCAACGUAGAACUUGUAGAUGCAUGACAUCACCAAAAGCCAAAUUGUUAUUACACAUGAAAAAAUCAUGCAAUUAUAAGCUAAAAUGUAAUGAGGUGAUUGAAAUCAUAACAAUAAUGCUAUUUCACAACAAUGAAGCAAAUAUUGUACAAUACUGCA